AUGAAAAAUCAAUGUAUAGCAAUUAUAUUUGCAAUAUUAAUAUCACUGUCUCUACAAGAGAAGUGUGGACCAGUAAAAAGUGAUGGAUAUACAAUACCUCAUGGGGAUAUAGUAAUCGAACAUGGAAAUUCCUUAAACAUAACUUGUUAUUAUAAAAAACCUCUUAAAGGGGAUGAAAUACUUACUUUUAAAAGAGGAACUGACGACCUUACCAGUCUGGUGAGAAAAAUAAAUGAAACAAGCAUAGAAUUGUAUAUAGAGAGGGUAGAAAAGCAGGACUCAAAUUUCAUUUGCAACUUAAAAAACGGUACAGAUGAUAAGGAACAAUUUGUUUGCAUGAAUUCGGUUAUGGUGGGUUGCGCCCCUGAAAACAUAACCGAUUUCGAAUGCACCAGCUACAAUUUGGAUGCGUUAAACUGCUCGUGGACUGUCUCACAAACCUACGUCAAAACUAACGAAACUGUGAGGCUUAUUUACCCUAGAGGGCAAUACGAGUUUAAUGGCAUCAAAGAAAGGGGGCAGAGGAGAAUCAUGAUCCUCGAUCAAAACACAAAUCCUCAGUACAGGAGAUCGAACUCGAUCUUCGCCAUCGGCGUUCAUAUGGAGAACAUUUUCGGCAACAUAACCAACAAUUUCACCGUCGAGAACUUCAAAAUCGUUAUACCGAACCCGCCGGAAAACUUGACUGUCACACAAUUGACGACCAACUCUUUUUAUCUACAAUGGAGGGUGCCACUGUCGAUGCGGUCCUUUACCCCCGGCUUGGACCACAAAAUCCUCUACACGUGCAAAAGCGAUGACUGGCAACUGGGCGGCAAUAAGUCAUCAACCCACGAAAAAGUCAUCGAGUUCAAUUUGACUGGAAUACCUUUCCCGAACAGCAUUUGCGAGAUCGCCGUUUCAAUGAAAUCCGCCAUUGCUAACGACAGCUAUUGGUCCAAAAACGCUUCCAUAUUCGGGAUAACCGAAAGCACAAUUCCCGCUCGGCCUCCAGCAAUAAACAUGGGAAGCUUUGAAAUAUCAAACCCCGAUGGAAAGUUCUUUGUGUAUUGGGAACAACUAGCCAAAGAACUCCAAAAUGGCAAUGAGUUUAAAUACGAGGUGGAAGUCGAAGGGCACGUUAAGAAAUUCGAGACCACUAGUAACUACCAUGAGUUCCAAAAUUUGCCGAAAGAAAAUAGCUACAAAAUCAACAUUUGGUCCAAGAAUAAAAUUGGCUUGUCCAAAGAAAAAUCCACGCUGUACAUACCUCCACAUACUAGAAGGAUUGAUAAACCUACAGAGGUAAUCCGUAUAGAGCACCAAGAUUACUUGGAACUGUCUUGGAACCCACCACAGAGGAGUCGUCUCACAAACUACACAAUAUUCUUCUGCGAUUCGAAACGCGAUCGCCCCCAUCAAUGCAAAGGCAACAUUGACUGGAUAAACGUCCCACCCAACGCGACACACCUAAACUAUACAAUGACAUCGAAAAACUAUCAGAUCGGAAUAGCAGCGAAUUCGCUGCACAGCAGUAGCGGCAUCGAAUGGGCCAGUUGCACCAAAUUAAACAAUGGAAAGUCCAAAAUGAACAAGGUGCACAUCAGCAAAGUUGAAGCCAGGUCUAUAACCAUUGAAUGGAGUUGGGAAUGUAGCCAGCCUUCACCCAAUGAAGAUUACAUCCUCUCCUAUUGUCGCAUCAAAAGUCCAAGCUCCUCUGACUGCAAAGAUAAUAUGACUGAUUACGUAAUAAAAGGUCCAGCAACCCAAGGAAAGAUUACAGGUCUGGUGCCAUACACGACAUACUUGAUAAAUGUAUCCAUACAACCCUCUAACAGCACAAGCCGUUUGCAAAUCGACAAACCGCUUUUGAACACGACGGACGAGGCAGCGCCCGAUGGGAUACUGAAAAUAUUCGCCACUGAAAUAACAAAUUCCUCGAUCUCUAUUAAAUGGAAUUCUCCUGAUUUCCCCAUCAACGGGGUUUUAAAGUACUUUCUAAUUCACAUCGAUAAUGGCACCACCGUCCCUUGGGCGGAAAAAGUCGAUAACGAGACAUCAUACAAAUUGGAAAAUUUACAGAGUUACUCGAAUUAUACAAUUUACGCUAGCACUUGCACCACUUUUUGCUCAGAGCCAUCCAACCAUCUAGUCCUAACAACUUUAAAGGGCGUUCCAGCGAAAAUUAAAACACCUGUGUCUAAUGGUAGUAAUAGUACGUCAAUAUCCAUGGUGUGGGAACGACCUAACCCUCCAAGAGGUGAAAUUGACCAUUAUGAAGUUCGAAUUAAAGAUAGUAGUGGCAAUGAAGAAGUAAAGAAAACACACUCACAAAUAUACACUGAAAAUUGCGAGGAAAAGGGAAACGAGUUCAAAGUCGCAGUAAGAGCCGUCAACAUUUUUAAUGGUACGAGCCUUUACGGCGAAUUCAGCGACGAAUUAAAUAAUUAUUGUCAUGGUAAAGGAACCUACAUCUUCUAUAUCAUCCUGGUUGGUGCUGUGGUUCUGUCUUUCCCCACAAUUUACUUCAUAAAAUGGAUCUACGUGAAACUGCUGAACAUGAGCGACGUGAAGGUGGAACUGCCGGACGGGUUGGUGCAAAAAUUGCCGAAGGCGAAACACAACGAAGAUCACGAGCAAACGAUCGAGCGGGCGUCGACCGACGAAGGGACGCGGCUGCUGGACGACAAAAAGACCGCCGCUCCUGCGAGCGAGAAAAGCGAAAAAGUCGCCCCGUCCAUGGAACGCGAUCAACCGUCGCCGACUGAUCAGCUUCAAGUCAGCGACGAGAAAAAUUCGCUCCGCCAGAGAAACGUGCCCACCAAAAUUGCAGAUAUUGUGGCAGGUUCGAAGCCGACUUUUUUGUCGUCGCCAUACAGUAUGGUGGGCGAGCACGAAAUGCUGAAGAUCAGUUCGCCGUACGUGCAGCACGGAGGCGCAAUAAUGACCGCAGGCAGGUUGGAUCCCGCUCCACCUGUCACAAUGAGCGAAAUGCUCAAAACGAAAAACCCCGGCUACGUGUCGCACGACGAGGUGCGUCUGCCCAAAGGUUACGCGUUCGGCGCGCCCGCUAAGAACGUGCCGACGACCGCACCGCAAGUCGAUUUGCUCACCGCCGCCGCGACGCCGGUGGGCGCGACGUCGUCGCCGAAUUACGUGCAGGCGUCCGACGGGUCGCAAAUGUCGCCGCCCAGCAUGGCGCCCUCGUCCUCGCACCUCGACGCCCCGGCGCCCAAGGGCGUGUACGUCAGCGUGGGCGACGUAGCGGCCUCGACGCAGCCCGUCAUGACGUCGAGAGGUUACGUGUCGUACGAUACCAAAUCAGGCAAAAAUGACUAA